UCUCUUUAAGGGCUGUCACCGCUCCUUCCUCGCUGGCCUCCCGCUGCUUGUUAUUUUGUGCAACAAGAUGGCUGUCGUUCCUGAGAGCGGAGUCCUCACUUUCAGCAUUUUUAAAUGGAGCUCUUACUCCUCUACAUAUUUACCCGAGAAUAUCUUGGUGGACAAACCCAAUGAUCAGUCGUCCAGGUGGUCUUCUGAAAGCAACUACCCUCCACAGUUUCUAAUCUUGAAAUUGGAAAGGCCGGCAAUUGUUCAGAGCAUCACCUUCGGAAAGUAUGAGAAGACUCACGUAUGCAACCUCAAGAAGUUUAAAGUCUUUGGUGGGAUGAGUGAAGAAAACAUGACAGAGCUUUUGUCCAGUGGCCUUAAGAAUGACUACAACAAGGAAACGUUUACCUUAAAGCACAAGAUCGAUGAGCAGAUGUUUCCCUGCAGAUUUGUCAAAAUAGUCCCUCUGAUGUCUUGGGGUCCUAGUUUCAAUUUCAGCAUCUGGUAUAUUGAGCUGCACGGUAUCGAAGAUCCCGAUGUAGUGCAGCCCUGCCUUAACUGGUACAGCAAGUACAGAGAACAGGAAGCCAUCCGUCUCUGCCUCAAGCACUUCCGACAACAUAACUACACAGAGGCCUUUGAGUCGUUGCAGAAGAAGACCCGGAUAGCGCUGGAGCACCCAAUGCUCACCCACCUGCACGACCGGCUGGUGCUGCAAGGAGACUUUGACGCAUGCGAGGAGCUCAUAGACAAAGCUGUAAGAGAUGGUUUAUUUAACCAGUAUAUAAGCCAGCAGGAGUAUAAGCCCCGGUGGAGUCAGAUCAUCCCGAAAUGCAACAAAGGCUCAGGCCCCCAAGAAGUCAACCGAGACGACCUAAACAGUGACGGGGACGACAACAGACCUGGGAUGAGGGGAGGCCAUCAAAUGGUGAUUGACGUCCAGACCGAGACUGUUUACCUGUUUGGGGGCUGGGACGGCACACAGGACCUGGCUGACUUCUGGGCUUACAGUGUUCAGGAGAACCAGUGGUCCUGCAUCUCCAGAGACACAGAAAAAGAGAGCGGUCCCAGUGCCCGCUCGUGCCACAAGAUGUGCAUCGACUCUCAGCGGCGUCAGAUCUACACUUUGGGCCGGUACCUAGACUCCAGCGUGAGGAACAGCAAGUCCCUGAAGAGCGACUUCUACCGCUACGACAUCGACGCCAACACCUGGACGCUACUCAGCGAGGACACGUCCGCUGAUGGAGGCCCCAAGCUGGUGUUUGACCACCAGAUGUGCAUGGACUCGGAGAAGCACAUGAUCUACACAUUUGGCGGCCGCAUCUUGACGUGUAACGGCAGCGUGGAGGACAGUCGGACGUCAGAGCCUCAGUUCAGCGGCCUUUACGCCUACCACUGUCACGCUGGGACGUGGAGCCUCCUGCGGGAAGACUCGUGCAACGCUGGGCCAGAGGACGUCCAGUCCCGCAUCGGCCACUGCAUGCUCUUCCACACCAGAAACCGCUGUCUGUAUGUGUUUGGAGGUCAGAGGUCAAAGACAUACCUCAAUGAUUUCUUCAGCUAUGAUGUGGACGGGGACCAUGUAGAGAUCAUAUCUGAUGGCACCAAGAAGGACUCAGGCAUGGUGCCGAUGACGGGCUUCACUCAGAGAGCCACCAUCGACCCCGAGCUCAACGAGAUCCACGUGCUGUCGGGCCUCAGCAAGGACAAGGACAAGCGCGAGGAGAACGUCCGAAACUCCUUCUGGAUCUACGACAUUGCCCGCAACAACUGGUCGUGUGUGUACAAGAACGACCAGACAGUGAAAGAAAACCCAAGCAAGGCUCUGCAAGAGGAGGAGCCGUGUCCUCGCUUUGCACACCAGCUGGUCUACGAUGAGAUGCAUAAGGUGCAUUACUUGUUUGGGGGAAAUCCUGGGAAGUCAUGUUCUCCCAAGAUGCGCCUGGACGACUUCUGGUCCCUUAAACUGUGUCGGCCCUCCAAGGAGUACCUGCUGCGCCACUGCAAAUACCUCAUCAGGAAAUACAGGUUCGAAGAGAAGGCCCAGUCAGAGCCACUGAGCGCGCUCAAAUACCUGCAGAACGACCUGUCACUGACGGUGGACCACGCUGACCCCGUAGAGACCAAAGAGUUCCAGCUGCUGCCCUCGGCUCUCUUCAAGUCCAGCUCUGACUUCAUCCCUCUGGGUUUCUCAGACGUGGACCAGACGUAUGCUCAGCGGACGCAGCUCUUUGACACACUCGUCAACUUCUUCCCAGACAGCAUGACGCCGCCCAAGGGAAACUUGGUCGACCUCAUCACGCUUUAGUCCCACCCCCCCACCUUUAACACCUUUCCCUUCCCCACCGCAAAGUGUCUGAGCGCCCACCCAUCCAUAGGCACCCGGUCGGGACGGAGACAAGUUAUUUUUCUACUCCUGAACUCAUCUAGUGGGAUUACGCUGACAUCUGGAACUCCAGACGGCCUCGGACACAACUAACAACACACACACACAUACACACGGUAUUUGGAUAUGUGUGAAACUCAUUUCCCUUUUUCCAAGGAAGCCUUUGUUUUUUUGCAGAGGUUUCUGGAAACCCCUUUAAACAUUGCUGGUGUUUUUUCAUUUUCACUUGGAUUUCUUUAUUUUCCUUUGGGAAAAUGACAUGCGCACAUUUGUUUUCAAUCUUUUUUUUCUGGUUUGAGUUUGUGUCCAUUCAAAUGUCCCCCACAAGACCCGUACAGGCCUCCCUCCCUCCACGUGUAAAACAUGUAACAUGGUUCUGGCCAAUUGUUGCGAAAGUUCAGUAAGAUUUGUGCUGUUAGUAACAUUUAAAUCCUAAUGUACACUUUCAUUUUGGUUCGCUUGCUUCUCUGCAACUUGUUCAGCUCUAUUCAUUAGGCCAAAACAAUGGAAUAGUGUUGCAGUAACAAUAGCGGAACUAUUCUAUAAGAUAAAGCUUAAUAUAUAUCUAAAUAUACCUUUUAUAUAUUGGUUUGGGUUGUAAAAGUAGCUUUUUUUCCCCACAAUAGUUAAUCAACUUAAUUCUAAAUGGUGUACAGAAUAUGUAAAUAUACAUAUAGGGAUUCAUUUUGUUAUUUAAGUUUUUUGUGGGGGGGUUGAACCGAUUCCGUGGUGGAUCAUGUUCUUCCUUUUUUUGCUCUUCAUAUGAAAGUCCAACCUUCCGGCUUUAAUUGCUUCAGUGUGAUGAAAUAAUUGGGGAUAUUUUCCUUCUUGUCUUCAAGAGAUGAGUGUGCCGCAACAGAUCUUGCAGCCGAGUUGCAUGGGAUGGUUUUGAUGUUUGGAAGUGUGGUUGUUGGUACAUUUCUAGAUAAUACUCUUGUCAAAGCCACCGGACUCCAUUGACAAACACAUUUUUUAUCAUCAUCAUCAUCAUCAUCAAAGGAGUCCGGUGUCUUCAGUAAUCCACUCACUAUGGAGAAGCACCUUAGACAAACCACUUCUAAACAUCUCUAUUGUCCCUUUAAGCAGAACCAGGGUCAUCCAUUACAACACAAUAAUGCAAGUUAUUGACCCAAGUUUAAUGUAAACAAAGAGAGGCUAAUUGAUAACAGCUUUCCUUACGUACAGAGUCCCAGUAGACAGUCUGAUACUGCUGCAGGCAGGGUGUGUUUCGUUAAAGGAACAGUUCAGCCCAAAUUUCCAAAUCCAUGAAGCACUACAGGUGAGACAAAAUAUUUAGAUGUUGGGCUCAAUUGUCUUUUAAGUGUAGUUCCUUGCUGUUAGCUUCUUUUGCGUUGUGCUUAUUUCAGUAUGCUGCCAGCCUCUAAUUUGUCCAUCCCAUUCAACACGUCAUCUUCUUUUUGUCUAAAUGACUGUUUGAAGAAGUGGACUAAAACCAUGGAAGGCAGAGGACACUGUCGAGGCUACGGCGCCAAAAUGACUACUGACCAUUUUCCAAAGAUACCCGAGAUUUAUCUGAGGAGAUGGACACCACUCGUGUCUGUACACUGAAUGUAACACCAACGUGUUCACUGGGGAGCUUUGGGUGUGGAUGUUGUUCCAUUUGGACCAACCCAUGCUGGCUGUUUCCGCUCUCUAUGCAAAGCUAGCUGUUUGGUGUUGAUCUUCCAGCCUGAUCCUCAGCAAGAAAGCACAUUUUUCAAUACCAACCCAACUACUUCUUUUUAAUUACUGUUGGCAAAAAGAAAACCUGUGGCAGUGAUCAACGAGCUUGGAAUGAAUGUGUUGAUGCUUUUGCGUUGGAUGCACUUCAUGAGGAAUUUCUACCUGGUGAAUCCAGGAGGCCCCCUCUGGUCGCUUGAUGUGUCCUGCUUUGGAAUACAGGAGGUGGUUAUUUCCACGGCGCGUCGCUGUGCAUUUCUCCAUCCCGCCGGCGUGUUUUCACACCAGACUUGAGAAGUUAUUUUCUGACACAAACAUCCCUAAAGUCAUCGGUGGAGGGAAGUAGAACCGAGGUAGAGGCCGCUUGGGUACAGCUUUACAUCGCGACUGUUCAACAUAUCGCUGAUGGAAGAGAAGACAAAACAAGAAUCCCUGUUUUUGAUGAAAUGAUGAUGCAAUGUGAGCAAUUAAUUUAUGUCUUUGGGGCUCAUCUUGCUUGCCGAAGUCUUUGUUUUUCAUUUUGUGCCAGAAGAAAACUGUAUUUAAAAAGACUAAUUGAAAGCACCUUUUGUUUAAAAAAAAGAAGUAAAAACACAAUGCCAAAUAUUACUUUAGCUUUUUGCUAUUUUACUGGUCUGUGAUGGAUGGAAUGGUAUUUUGAUCAUUUCUUAUCAUGUUUUAUUUCCAUCUUGCCCUUCUCUUAACCCCUGCGUGGGACUCAGGAGUUUUAAGGCUGGUACUCUCAGAUCACUGAGCGGUAUUGUGGAUACAGAGAAUGGGUAGAAAGGCCUGUAGUGUUGCAUUGUAUGUAAUGUAUAUAAGGAAUAAAGAUUGUAUUUUGUUCAGGUU